CUUAAGAUAGUUACGUCCCUUUUAUAUUCCUUGUAUACAUAUAUACACAAUUCAAUUUACAUCCUGGUUUGUGCCUUUAACAGAAAAGGUAGCAAAUUCGUUUAAUCGACGCGUGAACUGUGUCUUGGAAUUUUGGCUCGCAAGAUAAAAGUUCGCUGUUCUUCCUAGAUUGGAACUAAUGAUAUGGGUAAAAGGAGGCCUGGCAAUAAACAAAAGGGUAAAAAAGAAGGUAAAACCACCCCUGAUCCAAACAGAUGGAGAUCUCCCAGGAAUUCUUCGCGCACGAGUGUAGAAUCCGAGCCUCCUCAGAGUCCACCAAUUGGGAGACCACCGAGAAAACGAUCACGUACUUCGUCAUUUUAUCUAGGCGAAUCAUCAGAAGAGAACAGUGUAUUCUGUGGGCGGUGUCAAGAAAAAGACAAGGAACUGGCACUACUGUUAGAGGAAUUGUCAAUUAAAGAUAAGAUAAAAGAAGAAUAUGAAGAGAUGAAAGCCAAAUAUGAGGAGGAGAAACGACAAAAGGAUGAAGCCCUGACGAGAUUAAGUGCCAUGGCGUCCAACAAACUUCGUGAUAACAAUCCGAAUAUCGCCGACCUUAGUGACCAGAACAGACCAACUAAAAUAGCUGAGAAAUUGUCAGAGCUGUAUGACAAUGAAUGGACAGAUGCGUUUGAUGCCUUGAAUGAUGAAAUGAGUGAAACAGAAACAAUAGAUUUCCUUUUAGAUAUUUUAAUGAGAUCAUACAAGGCAUGUAAGGCGAUUGCGUCGGAAAACUAUUUCGAGAAGGUUCAACGCAUCAUAGAAUUUCCCGUUCAGGGGGAGUUGUCAGUAACCUCGUCGUCUGUGCUUCCAGACGAGAAGAAACAGUCUGUGCUUCCAGACGAGAAGAAACAGUCUGUGCUUCCAGACGAGUUGAAACAGUCUGAGCUUCCAGACGAGUCUAUGCUUUCAGACGUGUCUGUGCUUCCAGACGAGUCUAAACAGUCUGUGCCUCCAGACGGGUUGAAACAGUCGUUGCUUCCAGACGAGUUGAAACAGCAAAUCAAGGAGUUCAGAAAACUGAGAGCCGUGCAUGUUAUUGAAGACGUUCAAAAGGCAAUUCGAAGCAAUCAGCAGUCAAAGUUUGACAGUGUAGAAGAAGUUAAGACAUAUAAAUCUAUGUGCGAGGAGCUCUGCUGGUUGAUGGCGGUACAGGACCCACCACUUGUUCUUUCUGAAAACAGUCCGCAGAAGUUUGAUACAAAUGUCUUUAAGGACUAUACGAAGCGAGGGACGUAUGUACAGUAUGUAGUGUGGCCAGCUCUAUUCUUGAAUGAAGGAGGUUCACUCUUAACAAAAGGUGUUGCUCAAGGGUGCAACAACCUCCCCUUAGAUAAUGACCUGCUUAUCAAUACGUGGAUAUAUAGAAAAUAUCUGACUAGGAACGCUAUGGGAAACUCUUGGUCAAAGUAUUGGCAACGUGAUGAUGGACCUCCUCCUGCAAAGAAAAGAAAGCUGUCAGACAACAUAAGUGUACCAGGAGGGGCAUACACGGAGAUAUUUCAGGAAAAGGAUCAGGAAAUAAAACAGUUACAGUCAACAAUUAAAUGGCUUGAAGAAACACACAUCCCGAAGAACGAAUACGAAGAGAUGAGACAAAACUAUCAAAGAGAAAAAACUGCCAAGGACGAAGCUUUACGAAGAUUAAGCGCCUUGGCAUCCAGCAAACUCCGAGAUAACAACCCAAAUAUCGCUGACCUUAGUGACCAGAAUAGACCCACUAAAAUAGCUGAAAAGAUGUCAGAGCUAUAUGACAACCAGUGGACAGAUGCAUUCGAUGCCUUGGCCGGAAACAUGAGAGAGACAGAUAUCAUAAAACUGCUACGGGACCUUCUAAUGGGGUACACGCCUGUCCCACCACGAGCGACAUCCAUGAUGCCAGAUAGUUUAAAACAGCAAAUUAAGGAGUUCCGUAAAUCCAGAGCUUUGCACGUGACCAAGGAAGUUGAAAAGGCAAUACAAGGAAGGCUACAUACAUCAUAUAAUCAUUACGAAGCAGUUCGGAAAUAUAUCUCUAGUUGUGUGGAGGUAACGUGGCUGAUGGUUGUGCAGGAUCCACCCCUUGUCCUCUCAGUACCGUCAUCAUCAAAGUUUGAUAACAAUACAUUUAAAGACUAUACCAAGCGAGGACCAUAUAUGGAUUCCGCCUAUAAGGAACAGUUCGAUCUCGAAACAGAUACAUUGCGCAUUCAAGCAAAAAUUGUGAACGAGAGUGCAAAGGUAAUACAUAAAGAACAGAAAAAUAUUCAGAGGAAGAAGAGGAAAGCGAGCAGCAAAAAGCUACCGACAUGUAUUGAUAAUUAUAACAACGCUUUAUUGGAAAUCAGAGAAUCACUACAAGUGAUACAGACUUUAAUAGACACUGACGACGCUGGGUUCGCACCUCCGAAACAAAGGGCACACAAACCCAGGCGUGUCUCAUCCUGGAAUGAAACAAAAGAAAGAAAACGAAAAAGGGAAGAGGAACCAUUCAGAAAUAUCGAGACAGAUUGCCUUCAAUGUUUGAGUAAAAGUCAACAAAUUCAAAAACUUGAAGCCAAGCUGAAAAGAAUUCAAAGAGAAAACGAGGAUAAUUUGAAGCAAUUUAUUCAAUCAAAUGAAGAGCUGCGAAAGCAGUAUGAAGGAGAAAAAGAGUCAAAAGAAGAUGUUCUACGCAGAUUGAGUUCCGUGGCAUCAAACAAAUUACGAGAUAACAACCCGAAUAUAUCUGACCUUAGUGACCAAAACAGACCUACUAAGAUAGCCGAGAAGAUGUCAGAAUUGUAUGACAACCAAUGGACUGAUGCAUUCGAUGCGCUUCAAGGAGAGAUGGACGAGCGAGAAAUUAUUCGGACACUGUUAGACACUAUGAUGGCUGUCUACCAUGAAUGUCAAAGGAUGUCGACUGAAAAUUUCUUUGAAAGAGUUCAACGAAGUAUUGAAGUGCCAGCUGAGGUAACGGGAAGAUCAAAAACUAAGCUUAUAAUGUCAAACGAGUUGAAACAACAGAUCAAAGAACUUCGGAGAAGCCGUGCAACCUUUGUAGUCAAGGAUAUUGAGAAGGUUGUGAAGCCAAACAUCCAGUUAUCCAAACAUCAGUUGAAAGAGAUUCAGGAGUACAUAUCACGCUGUGUCGAGAUUGGUUGGCUUUGUGCGGUGCAAAAUCCUCCACUGGUUCUCGAGUCGCAACCUCCAUCAAAGUUUAACACCAGUAUGUUCAAAGAUUAUACAAAAAGUGGAAAGUAUGUAGAUUAUGUUGUAUGGCCAGCAAUGUUUCUUCAUGAAGGAGGCGCUCUUCUUGCGAAAGGUAUUGCACAGGGUACCGAUCACAAGUAAACUCCACCAAAGGAUUAUGAAGAAUGUAAAUAGCACGCGCUUGUAUUGCGUCAUCGAUGUCCAGCCUAAGCAACGUUAUUAUCCACAAGCAGCACUCAUGGCCAGUAAAUGUACAAAGUCUAGUAAGGUCAUGUAUUCAGUGCAAAGAAAAAAACACAAACGAGUUGUAUUCAAUCCAAACAACUGCGUUAGGGAUAGUUGUGUAGAAUAUAUGGAAAUCGUUCCAAGGACCUUUGACCAUCAAAGAAGAAGACGCAAUGUAUAGAUCACUGUUUACCUGAGUUUUGUGAUUAACAACUUAUUUCAUUUUGUUAAAAUGUUUGCAGGAAGAAAUGUUUAGUAAACUUGAUUUACAAUGCCUGUGUAAACAUAUUUUUCAUGUUACUAAACAAGUAUGUUGAAUAGAUUCAAAGACUAUAUCAAUUAACAAUAAUUGAUAUUAAAGUAGACUAAAAUUUGAAAA